AUGAAAAACUUCAUACUGCUCCCUUGGCUAUUCGAUAUCGUUCUCACUCAGCUGAGCGAUGUCGCGCCACUCCAGCGAAUCCACGGCAAAAGUGGCGCAGCGGGUGUGACGCGCUCUGAUCAGGUUCAAGCACCGGGGCCUCAGGCAGGGCAAUGUCGUAAUCCUUGCACUUCGCAAUCCCACCCGAAUUCAGCUGCUUACGUCUGCGGUGAUCCACGCUUGGGGCCGGCUCAACUACCUACCCACGCACCUCUGAAUUCAGUCACGGCCUCCUACGAUCGCUUUGGUGGUGUCUGUCCGGAGACAUUCCUAAAAAGGUGGACGGCACAUGGCUCUUACGAGUUUCCCCCAAAUGAUGGGUUUCUCGCGAACAUCCACAACGUGGCAAUAUUCGGAAACGUUUCGCUCGAAGUUGGAAGGAAAAUUGAUCGAUUUGGUUCGGAAUUCGGAACAAUCGCUCACCCGGCUCGGGCCCCCUACGCCGAACGUUCUUUACCACCUUCCAACUUGAAUACGCCUGCAGACCAGAACGGUAAAGCCGGAAAACAUCCUUUCAAUUACCACCUUUAUGAGGUGAAAAAAAGAAUUCCGGUUCUAGCUGGACCUAUCGCUCCAUGGUUUGGACAACCUGGUAUGGGAACUCAGUUUAAAUUUUCGCAGAAUAUAAUAGAUUAUGUGAACCAGGGCUAUUUGAAAAGAAUACAGCCGUAG